UCACAGUAAAACCUGUGAGGUUCUCAGAUGUCUGUGAUGAACUCCAGUGAACCUUUGGACAGCCUGGGUGAGGCGGUGACGAAGAACCUGAUCAAUGUUUUCUUAACCGUUGUCAUCAAUUGCAUCAACGGAGCCUUCGUCUACAUUUACUUCAACAGUCAGGAGUUCCAGACGGACGCCAGGUUUUAACAUUUUAUUAUUUCAUCAAAUCAACACAGUAGAUUGACUUUUAAUAUAUAUAAAAAAAACUAUUAGUUGUUUUGUCUCACCUAUCAUUUGAUUAAGAAGAAAAUACAAUACAUUUACAGAGGCACAGAAGCUAAAGUUAGCAAUGUUUACCUGUGUCUGCAGGUACGUUCUCUACAUCCACCUGGUGAUCAACGAUAUGAUCAUGCUGAACAUGACGAUGGCCCUGCAGCUCAUCACCUACACCGUCAACAUCACCUUAGCUCCCUGCUGCUUCCUGCUGCUGUUGCUGAUCACAACCAACAAGUAACAUUUAAAGCCAUUUUGUACAUUUAACAAAAGAGGCUACAUUUUCAGGUUAUAUUAUUUUUUUUGCCAACUUUGACUUUCUUUUGUCUAGUGAUGGCUAACCUGUUUUUCUUUUGUUUUGGUCUGUGCUAUUUUUGGCUGUUUUUACUGCAAAACAUUCAGUGGUAGAGCUAAUUCUCAGAGAUUGUGUUCUUUCCCGGCAGGAACAGUCCUCUGAAUUUAGCCAGCAUGGCUGUAGAACGUUACGUGGCCGUGUGUCGACCUCUUCAUCAUGCCCAAAUGUGCACAGUGUCGCGGGCGUACGCCCUGAUUGCACUGAUCUGGAUCGUUUCCUUCAUCCCAUCGUUCUCUGACAUCAUCAUCACUGUAGCCAAUCAGCCCCUCUCCAGCCUCCUGCAAACUGUGAUCUGUCAUCCAAGCUAUCUGUUCAACACACCCAAUCACAAGGUCCACGGUUCAGUUCUUCUGGUGAGAAACACAGCUACGUUUUUCCAGUCUUACCUUUUGAUGUAUAAAAUAUGUGUCCACAUUGUCCCUGUGUCUCAUCAUGUCUCACAGGUCCUUCUCUUUGCCUUUGUCUUCCUGACUUUGGUCAUCACAUAUACGAAGGUGUUCUUCAUAGCCCGCAUUGCGUCCAGUGAUGAAGCUUUAGCCAAGAAUGCUCGCAACACCAUCCUGCUUCACGGAAUCCAGCUCUUCAUCUGCAUGUUGACCUAUUUGUCUCCCGUAGUCACCCUUACAUUGGUCACAAUGUGGCCCAGAGGCCGGACCAACAUCCUCUUCGUUUCCUUUGUGUUCACCAACGUUCUUCCACGUCUGCUCAGUCCACUUGUCUACGGAGUCAGAGACACAAAGUUCAGGAACCAAAUCAGGCUCCUCGUUCACUGCCCACGCUGUUGUUCUGUCCACAAGAAAAAGAACUUGGUACAAGUCUGGAGACGGUCCAGAGAGGUGAUACAUCGAGAUGCCUUCAAAGACGUCCAUGCAUGAUCUAGAGACUGAUUCUCUCCUACACCUUCUCAGGAUUCAGUUCUCAAAUGAAACCCUAAAGCGAUAUAGCCUUGUUUGAGUUGUGAUAUCCAAAAUGAAGGGCUAUCGUUCUAACUUUCUAAAAACUACCAACCUCUUUUAUGUGAUACAAUACUUGUAUAGU